AUGAUUUUUAAAAGCUCAACGCGUGUUUUAACUGUACAUCAUCGAUCUGUUUGGCAAUGGGUAAGUGCGACUACCAGAAUGUUGUGUUCGAAACCGAACCAACGGCAAACAGAGUUAAUGGCUAGGAGCUUACCGAAACGAAUGCCGCUGCCUGGUGUACAACACAUUGUCGUAGUUUCGUCCGGAAAGGGCGGAGUGGGUAAGACAACAACAGCUGUGAAUCUGGCCGUCACACUUUCUCAACAUGGCAAGUCGGUGGGGUUGUUGGAUGGGGACAUAUUUGGCCCAUCCGUUCCUCGGAUGAUGAACGUUUCUGAAGAACCGCUAGUAGAUGAACAAAACAGAAUGGUUCCAUUGCUUAAUUACGGUGUUAAAUGCUUAUCUAUUGGAUUGCUGGUCGACUCGGGACCCGUAGUUUGGCGUGGCCCACUUGUAAUGUCUGCCAUUCAGCGGCUACUGAAAGGUGCCCUUUGGGGACCACUAGAUAUCUUAAUCGUAGACACACCACCCGGAACUGGCGAUGUACAUCUUUCUCUCAGUCAGAACGUACCCAUCGACGGAGUGGUGUUGAUCAGCUCUCCCCAAGCAGCAGCCCUAGAUAUUACCAAAAAAGGAGCUCAAAUGUAUCGAAUGCUUCAGGUACCGUUGAUCGGUUUGGUGGAGAACAUGAGCCACGUCGUGUGUGAUAAGUGUUCGAACCGAAUUGAGUUGGCAGAAAAUGUGAUCGACAUGUACGUAAAGGAACUUUCGAUCGAUGUCCUUGCGCGUGUUCCGAUCGAAAAGGACGUUAUGAAGUGUAGCGACGCUGGGACGCCCGUUUGUUUAAAAUUCCCCAACUCCCAGCUAGCAAAAGCGUACAGCUCAAUCGCAACUAAAGUGAUCCAAUUUUUAGCUAUUAAACAGAAACCAUAA